AUGCGCAUCUCACUCACUCUCUGCGCGUCGCUCGCAGGCGUCACCCUCGCCGCCUCCUCCUCGUCCAAGGCGCUGGUCGCGCGUGACUUCGACACCGUCGCCUCCGUGCUGGCCAACGUCACUGACGCCGUCAACGGGCUCUCUACCGUCGCCAACACGGGCGUCGCGGACCCGGCCACGCUCCUCACCGCCUCGGACCGCAUCGUGCAGGCCAUUCAAUCCGGCACCGCGCGCGUUAACGCUACCGGUAACUUGACCUUUAUUGAGACGGUGCACCUGAUUGCGCCGGUACACAAGCUGUCGUCGCUGUCAGGCGACCUCACCAAGAACAUGGUCAAGCUCAAGGGCUCGAUCCAGAAGCAGCGCCUGUGUGAGGUGGUGCGGCUGCAGGUCGGCAUCAUCAACAACGCCACCUCGGGGCUGAUCGCGGCGAUUGACAGCAAGGUGCCCUCGGCGGCACAAGACAUUUCCCAGGCGCUGUCGCAGGGCAUCACGGAUUCCUUGACGGACAUCCAGAAGGACUUUUCGGAUCAGAACUGCGUCGACGGGCGCAAUGAGACGACCACGUCCGCCGGUUCACCACUUGCCUUGGGUCCCUCCAGCGCCUUCGUCUCUCUGUGUCUUGGUUUAGUGACGGCUUGGAUUAUUAUCUGA